CUGGGUUCUAGGGCCCCCACUAAUAAUAAGCCUCGGCUUGAGGAUUUCUUGGCUAGCCCGUCCUGCCCGUGGCGCCCAGUUUUCUUGGGCCGCAUUAAGAAAGAGCUCAACAAUAAACAGGCCAGCCAAUCGACCCGGCGAUCGACCCGGCAAAGCUUCCCUCCUACAACAAACAUCACCAAAGACUCCAUCUCGACAGCGUCGCCAUGGCAGUCAGUGACUUCCUGCCGUCUGUGCCACAGCCAGUGCAAAUCGGCCUGGCUGGCAUUGGCACCCUUUACGUCGCGAGCCACAUCCUGAGCUACGCCCGCCUGUUCCUCAACCUCUUCGUCCUCAGCGGCACCAACCUCCGCAAAUAUGGCAGGCCGGGUUCCUGGGCCGUCGUGACGGGUGCUUCGGAUGGCCUGGGUAAGGAGUACGCAAAGCAGCUGGCCUCCAAGGGCUUCAAUCUGGUGCUCGUGUCGCGCACGCAGUCCAAGCUCGAGGCGCUGGCUUCUGAGCUGGAGACGUCCGGCAAGCAGGGCGUGCAGACCAAGGUCCUAGCCAUGGACUACACGCGAGACGACCCCAACGACUACGACCGCCUGUCCGAGCUCGUCCAGGGGCUCGAUAUCGCCGUUCUCGUCAACAACGUUGGCCUUAGCCACUCGAUCCCCGUGCCCUUUGUCGAGACAGACAAGAAGGAACUGCAGGACAUUGUCACCGUCAACUGUCUCGGGACGCUGAAGACAACCCAGAUCAUCGCUCCAGGAAUGGUCCAGCGGAAGCGUGGGCUGAUCCUGACCAUGGGCUCGUUCGGCGGGUGGAUGCCUAUACCGUACCUGGCAACCUACAGUGGCAGCAAGGCCUUCCUCCAGCACUGGAGCAGCGCCCUGGCCGGGGAGCUCAAGGAGGCCAAUGUAGAUGUCUACCUGGUCCUGUCAUACCUCGUCGUUUCGGCCAUGAGCAAGAUCAAGCGCCCAUCCGCCAUGAUCCCCACCCCCCGACCGUUCGUGCGGGCCACGCUUGGCAAGGUCGGGCUGGGCGGCACGCAGAAUAUCGCAUAUACCUACACGCCUUGGUGGAGCCAUGCCAUUAUGCAGUGGUGGGUCGAGAAAGCGGUUGGAUUUGGCUCCAAGCUCGGAAUUGGCUUCAACCUGAAGGCUCACAAAGACAUCCGGGCCAGGGCUCUCCGCAAGGCAGCAAGGGAAGCGAAGAAGGAGUGAGGGGGCAUUACAUCAUCAGCAUGGGUGUUUCUCUCUCCAUUUUCUCUGAUCUCUUGCCGGUAGAGAUCUGGAAACAAAAGGCAUGGGCCGAAUGGGCUAUGGGGGAAGACCAAAAGAUCCGAGGCAAGCAAGACAUGGCGAAAGGAUUGCUUGCUUGCCCCAGAAAUAAAGGCGCCACCAGCUACUGGUCCCCCACCCCCCGCGCAGCCUGGCUCGCUGAUUGAGUAGUACCAUGGGACGAGGAAGAGGAAGGUGGGAAGCAGCUCGGAAUGUCACAGGCUUUGGGAGGCCAGGGGGUGGUGCCAUGGGACAAUUCUGAGGACCAGUGCAGAGUUGGGUGUUGAUGUUGACCUAGCUUAGCUACCUAAGUACCUUAGGUAGGCACUUAGGUACCUAGGUACCUUGUAUGGGAAUGCCUGGUCUGCCGAGAUACCAUAGUAUAGGGAGGGCCUUUUGCCUGCUUCGCCAAUCGGCUGAAACAUGGCCGCCUAGCCCG